AUGGCGGCUCAGUACAAGGCUUUGGGCGUGACUCCGCCUAUCAGCACGGAAGCUCCCAAGCCCACAGACCUUAAAUCUAGUGAAACGCUUUUGGCCGACCUUGUCGCGUUGAAUCAAUUCGAAUCUGACCAGGAGAGAAAGGUUCGAGAACGGUUACUAUCCAACAUUGCCCAACUCGUCGCCAAGUUCGUCCACGAUGUCUCCAUCAAGCUCGGCAUGUCGGAGAAGAUUGCGACCGAGGCGGGUGGAAGGAUCUAUACCUCUGGUUCUUAUCGUCUGGGAGUGCACGGUCCGGGAUCUGAUAUUGAUACCAUCUGCGUCUGUCCUCGGCAUAUCUAUCGAGAGCAUUUCUUUGGCGAGUUUCAGGAUAUGCUGCGAGCCUGGCCUGCUGUGACGGAGAUCUCUGCAGUGGAAUCAGCCUUCGUCCCAGUCAUGAAGACGGUGAUCUCCGGAGUGGAAGUCGAUCUGUUGUUUGCGAGAGUCAAUCUUCCGGAAGCUGGCGAUGGGCUGGAUAUCGAAAAGGACGAGAUUCUGAGGGGCGUGGAUGAUGCUUCGCAGAGAAGUUUGAACGGUCCCCGAGUCACAGACAUGAUGUUGAACCUCGUUCCGGAUGUAGCUACUUUCCGCACGGCUCUGAGAACGAUUAGAUUGUGGGCAAAGCGUCGUGGGAUCUACUCUAACGUUUUGGGUUUCCCGGGUGGUGUAGCUUGGGCGCUUCUGACAGUGCGGAUAUGUCAGCUCUACCCGACAGCUGCGCCAGCCACCAUCGUCGGCAAAUUCUUCCCCAUCUAUUAUCAAUGGAAUUGGCCCCAGCCUGUACUGUUGAAGAAGAUUGACAAUGGACCGCCCAACAUGCAACAUUCAGUCUGGAAUCCCAAGCUUGACCGAAGAGACCAAGCCCAUCGUAUGCCCGUCAUCACACCCGCUUACCCCUCCAUGUGCUCGACACACAACAUCACCGCCUCGACAAUGUCCAUCAUUAGGAAGGAAAUGCUUCGAGCUAUGCAAAUAACGGAUGAGAUCUUGAAGAACCCUGGGACGACUUGGCAGCCGCUUUUCGAGAAAUCCGACUUUUUCAGCAUGUACAAGACUUAUGUUCAGGUUGUUGCCUCAGCCUCGACUUCGGAAGGGAUCAAAGACUGGAGCGGUAUGGUAGAAUCAAGAAUACGAACCCUGGUCCAAGAUCUCGAGCAAACCGACACUAUUCUUACUGCCCAUCCCCAAGUCGGAGGCACGAACAGGAUCUUCUACUGUCUCACUGAGGAAGAACAAGCAGCGGCGAGCCAGGGAGAGUUGACGACAGAGAUGAUCAACAGGACGGAAGAGGAUGUGAAGGACAAGGAGCACAGAAAGAUAUAUACGAAGAGUUUCUUCAUUGGGUUGGAGAUUGAGAAAAAGUCGAAAGACGGCACUUCAAGGGUCUUGAACCUGUUCUACCCUAGCAAAAAGUUCUGUGCGACCUGUCAGAAUUGGGAAAAGUACAACGAGAUGGAGAUGAGCGUCAUCUUGAGGCCAGCGAAAAGGUCGGUCUUGCCGUCGUAUGUAUUUCCCGACGGUAUGCCAAAGUCCAAGAAGAGCAAACGGGCACAGCAAAAUAGCGCCGGUGAUACCGGUAUGAACGACGGAUCCGAUGGCCAAGGCCCCGCCAAGCGCACUAGGUCCGAAAAUGUCAUCCCCGAGAAUCAAACCCCUCAACCUCUGCCCAACGGCGUACCCCAGUCCAACGGUGCCGACCCCGUCCCCUCCCAGAACGGCGCUGGUCCUGUCGAUCUCAAGCCUCCUCCUGGUAUCGAAAACAUGCCGCCUUUGUCGACUGCCGCCAUGUCCUCGUUUGCGACUGCCGCCAAGGGUGUUGCCGGUGCGCAGGAUGAGAACAAGGAUGGGCUGAUUGUUUUGAAUCAAACAGCUGCGCCAUAG